UUCAUGCGUUGGAGUCUGGAAGAACCGCGUCUUUUUGCUGCUUCGCUCGACUGCCAGUGCCAUCUUUUCUGAAAAUCUUCAAACGAAUCGCCCGUUGUUCGACACGUCGUCGUCGUCGCCGCCGAACGGAAAAUGGAAUCAGGCCGAGGCGUACGUGUGUGUGUGCCAAAGUCUACAGUCAGAAUCGCUUUCUCACUCAUUAUUAAAAACAAUGUUACGUCAACAUUUACCUCACGUCCUACUCCUAAUCCUCCCAAUACCUUUUUCGUCUUUCCCGAUCGUCUUUGCUUCGAGUAUUUUCAAUCGUUGAUAUCAUAAAAGUGUUAAGAGAAACAAUUAGCUAUGAACGUCCGAUACACUUUAGAAGAAUUAACGCAGAUCGGCAUAGAAAUACGUCGAAGUUUGGAGUCUCUCGAUAGUGACAGAAAGAAACAAGAAGAAUUGGUGUUGGCGCACAUCAAGAAAUUUUCGAACAAAGGAUCGAGGAUCGCCGAUUUUCAAGCAGGAUUGGAAUGGUUCAACGUGACAGAGGAAUUAUCCAUCUAUCGGCAUCUAACUGGAAAGAUAAUUAUUUUGGAUUUUUUUACGUAUUGUUGCAUCAACUGUAUGCACAUUUUGCCAGACUUGGAUGCUCUUGAAAAACGAUUUUCCAUCACGGAUGGUCUUGUCGUCGUUGGAGUGCAUAGUGCAAAGUUCUCAAAUGAGAGAGAAUCGCAGAAAUUGUUGUCAGCCGUGCAGAGGUAUAACAUAAACCAUCCCGUUGUAAACGAUGCAACUUUAUCAACUUGGCGUAACCUGGGAAUUUCUUGUUGGCCAACAUUGGUAAUGAUAGGUCCCAGUGGUGAACUGCUCGCUGUUUUCGUUGGAGAAGGGCACAGAGACGAGUUGAUACUGUACGUGGAUGUGGCGCUCAGAUAUUUUAAAUCAUUGAAAAAAAUUCGCGACAAUGAUAUUCCUCUGCAACUGGCGCGGCAUUUGUUACCGGUCGCUGGGAACGGAUCCGAUCUCUUAUUCCCUGGCAAGUUGGAGCUAUUUCGGAACGAGCAAGGAGAACGGUUGAUCGUAUCCGAUACUGGGAAUAAUAGAAUUUUAGUGUCGGAUACGUCGGGAAAUGUGGAAUGCGUUAUCGGUGGCUGUAAUCCGGGUUUAAAAGACGGUGCCUACGAGAACGCGCAGUUCAAUGCACCCCAGGGUGUAUGCGCGUUGGGCGAUUCGAUUUACGUUGCCGACAAUGAGAAUCAUGCCAUCAGAAAGAUAGACAUGUUAAAGAAGACGGUGACCACGAUCACUGGCACCGGUGUUCAAGGCCACGAUUACGUCGGGGGUAAAGUUGGUACGGAGCAAGCUAUCUCCUCGCCAUGGGACGUUGCUGUUUAUGAAUACGAACACGAGAAACGGACCGUGCCCGUGUUAUUGAUCGCAGUCGCUGGCACGCAUCAGAUUUGGGCAUAUUUCUUCGAAGAGACCGUUUGGUGGAAAAAUAGGCAAUCGUUUUUUAAACUGCGCAGGACAUACAAAGCUGGUACAUGCGCUGCGAUAGUUGGCAGUGGCAGAGAGGAAAAUCGUAACAACGCUUAUCCUCAUGCGGCUGGUUUGGCCCAACCGUCUGGUUUGGUCGUUGUCCAGGAGAAAAAGCUUGUGUAUUUCGCCGAUAGCGAAAGCAGCUCGAUCAGACGCGUAGAUCUAACAAAUGGGAGAGUUUCCGCCGUUUGUGGCGCUAACAGAGAUCCAGCGGAUCUGCACGAUUACGGAGACUCAGACGGUGCAAACUUUACGGCAAAGCUUCAGCAUCCUUUGGGAGUAGCGUGGCACUUGAAGGACAACGCUGUUUACGUAGCCGACACUUACAAUCAUAAGAUAAAGCGGAUAGAUGCGGCUACCGGGUACUGUGAAACUGUGUACGGUGAUGGGAAACCAGGACCAGGGAAAUUUUCGUUCGACGAACCUAGCGGCAUCGCUGUUAGCCCAGAGAAAGAUCUUUUAUACGUCGCCGACGUUAACAACCACGCUAUUAAAGUGAUCGAUAUCAGAAAGAAAAGCAUCGCCACGUUACCAAUAAAAGUGCCUGUGACCGAAAUAGUUGAGAAUGAUUCUGGGAACACGUAUCUCUUUGAUACUACGAUCAGCGAAAACGGCGGUGAACUGACUAUUACGUUCGAUGUGGUUUUCUUUGAAUCAGAGUUAAAAUUGAACGUGGACGCGCCACAAAAAUGGACCGUGAAAGAUUUGCCAGGGACCAAUAACGGCGACAAUUCUGGAUGGACGUGUGCGGUGUCGAACGGAGAGCUUGCAACACCGGUAUCGAUAAAAAUUCCCGAGGGCAAUGGAAUAAGCGAAGUACAUAUCACUUUGAACAUUGUCGCCUGUAAAACUACCGAGUGUCUGCCAAAAAAGUUGCUGGUACUGUUUCGUGUACAUCGCAAAUCAAAUGCUUCCACUGUUGUAACGGAAAGGAAACGGCUCGUGGUUAAAUAAUAUAUGCAUUUUUAUUACCGUUUA